AUGACAGACAUACCUACAGAAUGGGAUAGCAUGGCUCUAGAUGCACGUAUUCUAGAAGCCAUAAAAGAUCUAAAAUGGAACGCACCUACCGCUGUACAAGGAGCUUGUAUUCCUUUAGCCCUCAAAGGCAAAGACGUUUCCAUCCAAUCGCGCACAGGAACUGGAAAGACUGGUGCCUUCGUUAUUCCCAUUAUCCAGAGAAUUGUUGCGCAGAGGGAGCAAAAGGCUGUCAAAAAAAGAGCAAUUGGCCCAGUUGCAUUAAUUAUUGUUCCAUCCUUAGAGCUGUGUGAACAAGCUGUUGAAGUAAUUAUGUUCUUGGUGAAGUACGUCAAGCCAAGAAUUGUUGUCGAGAAUCUUGCAUCUGGGAGCACUCCGACGACUGCUCGGAUUCUGUCCGCACAUAUUCUUGUAAGCACAGCAGCAUUACUUGCAAGACUAUCCAGGACUAGUGGGCUAACCGUCGAGCAUUUUCAACAUCUCCGCUAUCUGGUUAUUGAUGAAGCUGACAUGCUGGUGUCGAUGGCUGAGAUAUCACUGCGCACCAUUCAGUCCCUAUUACCCAAUUCUCUGCAGGUCAUCCUAUCUUCGGCAACGCUGAAUGAAGGUGUGGCUUCCAUCAAGGGACAGUUACUCCAUAACCCCACCAACAUCGUUUUGACCACCGAGGCUGUGAAUAGCACCGAAAAAACCUAUACAAACGGACCUAUUGUUGAGUCCCGUAUCAUACUGAAGGACCUGCAACGGAAACUGCUUCGUCAGUACUACUUAGUGGCCACUGAUGAGUGCCACCGACAUACAUUGCUUUUUGCGCUAUAUCGUAUGGCCCUUAUUAAAGGCAAAACACUUAUUUUUGUUGAAGAGGAUGAAGACACGUACCGCCUGCAGAGCUUUUUGGAGCAGCUUGGCGUAGCAACCCUCGUGUAUGAUGCUGCUCUGCCUGUGAACGUUCGCCUUGAUACGCUGCGAAAAUUUCAAAUUGGAUCCAAAGUCUCCACGCUUGUCUGUACGGACAGCACCUUGGAAAGUGCUGAGAAGCUUCAAAUGUCGCUAGAUGGUGUCGGCGACGAUGAAAAUGCGGCUGCAAGUGAGGUUGAGCCGCGCACUCGACGGAAGCGUCGACAACGCAGUGCGGGUAGUAGACUUGGCAACGGUGAGGCAAGUGCCGACAUACCUUCAGCUCUGCACCGCGGCAUCGACUUCGCUCAUGUACGUAAUGUGAUACUGUUCGACGGUGUGAAUGCCCUUUCGCCCAUUUCUCUCUUGCGCUAUACCCAUCGUAUUGGCCGCGCCGCUCGCGGAGGUGAAGAGGGUCUAAGCAUUACGUUUUUUACAGUUCCACAGGCCAAAAAGUAUAUUCACCCACUUCGCGAUUACUGCAAAUCUAAAGGGAGCAAUGUUGAGCCUUUUCGCCAGAUACAACGUUCUGAGGCUGCCAAGCUGCAGUACCGUGUGGAUAGUGUUUUAGCCAAUACUACGCGUACAUCCACACGGAAGCUGCGUGUGGCCACGGUAGCUGCUGAGCUCAGCCGCAGUUCCUAUCUAGCUAAUCAUCUUUGUCAAAAGGAUACCGAGGCUUUGCAAAGAGUGGUUAAUCGUUGUGCAAAGAAGGUUAAAAUCGAGCGAGAUUUGCUAGCAGUCCCGGACUAUAUGGCGUUGUCAAGCGUUGACGAAGUCAGCGAUUAUACCAAGCGGGUACGGGCCGACCAGACGAGAGCCACCAUAUUCAAGAAGGCAAUCCGCAAGCGAAAUGUUGACCCAUUAAAAUCAGUGGCAAUUAAGAUACAAUCAAAUAAGAAACACGAGUAA